AUGCCAACGAUACUGGGCAUAUUCUUGUUUAACUCUAGAGAGAUCAGCUCUGAUGCCUGUUUUGCCCAGUUGUUCUUUAUCCAGUCAUUUCAAUGCAUUGAAUCCUCCGUGCUCUUGUUGAUGGCCUUUGACCGCUUCAUUGCGAUCCGUGACCCGCUGAGAUAUUCUUCCAUCUUAACCCUACCGAGAAUAGCCAAGAUGGGACUGGUGUGUGUGCUAAGAGGGGUGGCCGUAAUGCUCCCAUUCCCCCUUCUCCUGAAACGGUUCAGAUAUUGUCGAGUGAAUGUCCUCUCCCAUUCCUACUGCAUGGACCAAGAGGUUAUGAUGAUGGCUUGUUCGGAUAUCAGAGUCUACAGCAUCUAUGGCUUGUUUAUUACAGUCAUAAUUUUGGUGUUGGACUCGCUGCUCAUUUUUCUCUCAUAUGUGAUGAUUCUCAAAACAGUGCUGAGCAUCGCGUCCCACACAGAGUUCAUCAGGGCCCUGAACACCUGCGUCUCCCACCUCUGUGCCGUCCUCCUCUUCUACACGCCAGAGUUCAGCCUGACUUUGAUACACAGGUACUCGAAUGGCUCUUUUCCCUUGCUUCAGAUUGUCCUGGGCUAUGUCGACCUUCUGGUUCCUCCUCUGAUGAACCCAAUCGUGUACAGUGUGAAAAGCAAACACCUUCGUUCGAGGAUAAUCAGGGUGUUCGUGAAGUGA